AUGGCCGGCGUCUCAGGACCAAACCUCUCAGAGCCUGAGUUCGAGCAGGCUUACAAGGAGCUCGCCUCCACCCUCGAGUCCAGCAAGCUGUACGAGAAGAACCCAGAAUACAAGAAAGCCCUUAAGAUCGCCUCCAUCCCCGAGCGUGUGAUCCAAUUCAGGGUAACAUGGGAGGACGACAAGGGCGAGGUGCAAGUCAACCGUGGCUUCCGAGUCCAGUUCAACAGUGCUUUGGGACCCUACAAGGGAGGACUGAGAUUCCACCCCAGUGUGAAUCUCAGUAUCUUGAAGUUUUUGGGUUUCGAGCAGAUUUUCAAGAAUGCUUUGACCGGGCUCAACAUGGGCGGUGGUAAAGGUGGUGCCGACUUCGACCCCAAGGGCAAGUCAGACAACGAGAUCCGCAAGUUCUGCGUGGCCUUCAUGCGCGAGCUGAGCAAGCACAUCGGUGCCGACACUGAUGUGCCAGCCGGUGACAUUGGUGUCUCACCACGUGAGAUUGGUUGGAUGUUUGGCACAUACCGUGCUGAGCGUAACAGGUGGGAGGGAGUCCUGACCGGCAAGGGCGGCAACUGGGGUGGCAGCUUGAUCCGUCCAGAGGCGACUGGGUUUGGUCUUGUAUACUACGUCCAGCACAUGAUCCAAUACGCCACCGGCGGCAAAGAGUCCUUCAAGGGCAAGCGUGUCGCCAUCUCCGGCUCCGGCAACGUCGCCCAAUACGCCGCUCUCAAAGCCAUCGAACUCGGCGCCACAAUCGUCUCCCUCUCCGACUCCAAGGGUGCCAUCAUCGCCACAGACGACAAGGGCAUCACAGCGGAUGAGAUCAACUACAUCGCCGACCUAAAGGUCAAGCGUAAGGCACUCACCGAGCUCUCCGAGAGCCCCGAGCACAAGAACAAGUUCAAGUACAUCGAAGGCGCACGACCCUGGGUUCACGUUGGAAAGGUCGAUGUUGCUCUCCCAUCUGCGACACAGAACGAGAUCUCAGGUGAGGAAGCACAAAAGCUCGUCGAGGCAGGCUGCAAGUACAUCGCCGAAGGCUCCAACAUGGGUUCGACCCAAGACGCCAUCGAUGUGUUCGAGAAAGUCCGCAAGGAGAAGAAGGGAGACGGGAUUUGGUACGGUCCCGGCAAAGCCGCCAACGCCGGCGGUGUCGCAGUCAGUGGUCUAGAGAUGGCGCAGAAUUCCCAGAGGCUGAAGUGGACGAGCGAGGAGGUCGACAACAAGUUGAAGGGCAUUAUGGAGGCGUGCUUCCAGAACUGCCUGGAGACUGCGAAGGAGUAUGUCCCUGCUGCUGAGGGAGAGUUGCCGAGUCUGGUGGCAGGUGCGAAUAUUGCGGGUGCGAUUAAGGUGUUUUCGGCAAUGAGGGACCAGGGAGAUUGGUGGUCUUACUAG